AUGUCGAAGCAUUCUCAAACGCCUCGUAAAUUAAAAAUUGGGAGUGGAUCAGUGGUUUGUCAGGAGGCUGAAAUAAAAGGUGAGGUGACAAUAGGUUCUCGGACAGUUAUUCACCCUAAAGCACGAAUUAUAGCCGAAGCUGGACCGAUAAUAAUUGGAGACAACAAUCUGAUCGAAGAACAAGCAUCAAUAAUAAACUCGUAUUAUCUCGACGACGAUGAUGCACAACAAGGAGAAAAGAUUGUCAUGAGAAUUGGAAACCAUAACGUGUUUGAAGUUGGGAGUCAAUGUGAAGCGGUCAAAGUGGGAGACAACAAUAUCCUUGAAGCAAAAAGUAAGAUUGGCCGCUACACGGGUAUUUCCCACGGUUGUGUUAUAGGAGCCAAGUGCGAAGUUACUUCGCAAGAGACAUUGCUCGAGAAUACAGUCAUCUAUGGACAGAGCUGUAGUAGGAGAGUACAAGGGGAGAGACCAGUGCCACAAACACUGCAACUUGAUUUCCUUACCAAGAUCUUACCCAAUUAUCAUCACCUUAAGAAAUCCAGUCGAUCAUAGACAUGUGAGAUGUGAAUCAGUAAACUAUUUAUUUUAAUUUUCUAUACAUUUAAUGUAAUAAUCAGGGUCAUUUGUUAUGAUACUAUAGUCAUAAAUUUUCUGGCUCAUGGGACAAAGAAACAAUGUGUGGGCAAAAAAUUUGCCGAGGAAUGCAUGGGCGAAGUACUGGAUGGGGAUGAGGGGCCUCAAGUGCACUGCACCAUGUCGAAGGGGUGCCUUAUGCCUAUGCUACAAGAUGGGAUUGGAGUCUGGCUUAGAGACUGCUUUGGGUCCACUCUUAUUUGUAUUGUGGUGUCCACACAACCAACUGACAACUGGUACUAA